AUGGUAAAACAUCCCUAUGAGCAAGUCAUCAAGUUUGAAGGUCUGGGAACUUUAAAGCCAAAUAGAGCCAGAACAAAGAGAUCAAGAAAUGGGUGCUUCAACUGUCGAAAAAGAAAGAAGAAAUGUGACGAGAUGAAGCCUUCUUGUUCUUCAUGUAUCAACAAAUGUAUUAGCUGUGUUUGGCCCAAAGAUGGUGGUGAUAAAUUACCAAAAGGAUACAGAGUUCCAAGCUCUACGUCAUCUGAGAUGAACCCCAAUGAGGGCACAAUAUUCAUUCCUGUUGAGUUUGACUCAAAGACACCAGAAGUCGAAGAAAGAUCACCAGUCAGCUCCAUUGAUUUUUUUGAGUCACCUAAAGGAAUGACAAUGAUUCCUUAUUCCAAUGUCGCAGAGCUCAUAGAUGACUUUGGGUCUCCAGAUUCAACCUCCUAUUCUCUAGAUCUUGAAAAUUCAUCAACUCCUUCAUAUAAAAUAACUUUUCUCAGUCCAUUUAGUUCUGAUCCUGAUCAAAGGUUCAUCUUAGCUUGUACAAAUGGUUUUAUUGAAUCUGUUGGUCCUCAGUAUACACAUCCUUUGCUAACAACCACUGCAACUUUUUCACCGUUUGUCAACAAUAAUCCAAUUUCUCAAAAAGUUGCCAUUGCCUGUGGUUGUGCUUUUCUGGCGUGGCAAAACCCUGAAUUAACUGGAUUGUCAACUCAAAAAUAUUAUACAGCUUUUAAUGCCUUGGAAACUUAUGUGAAUAAUAAUGAAUCUGCUUAUAAGGAGAGCUGGGUUGGUGCUGCGUUUCAAUUGAUGUGCUUGUGCUCUAAAAUCACUUGGAGUUGUUCAUCUGAUAAUUGUAUUGCUAAUCUAGUGAACUCAUAUAAAAUCAUUAGAAGACGGUUCAUUGAAACAACAAGGUAUGGUAAGAAGAUACAAAAAAGUGAUAAGAUUUCAAGUUUAGAACCUCAAUCAGACUUGGCCCAUUAUUUGAAGGACUUCAAGAAUGAUGCACUACAAAUGGAAAUUGAGAAUAGCCUGAUAGAUCUGGAUGAUUUCAGCACGGAAGUUUUUGAAUCACAUUUUGAAAAAAUGUUUGUUGAAAGUUUUCUAUUCAAUUAUAGUAUCGCCCUUUUGGUUUCUGAACAAUUUUAUCUUUUACCAAAUCCGUUUGAAGUAUUUAGAGACCUUCGUCAAUUCUUGAAAACACCGUUAUUCAGCUGUGAUGUUGCUUGGAUGAAUAACCCUGUAUUUGGUGCUUCUUUAGAUGCUUAUGAGUUGGCUGCUAAGGCUUCAUAUCUACUGAGAAACUUGAAUGAUCCAAAUAUGCUUGUGACUGCAAAGAAGCUCUAUGAUCUUGCAAGUUUUUAUCCAUCACCAAUGAUUCCAUCAGAGAUUCGUGUUAAUUCUACCAAGUAUAAGAACUUAAGAGAUAGUGUUUUGAUGGCUGAAAUCGUUGCCAAAGUUUCAAAGAUAUUAUUAAGAAAAUUAAUCAUACCAGAAAUAACAGAAAUGGAUUCGGUUGUCCAGAAGGAUUUAUCUUCUAUCUUUAUCAAACUGAAAUCAAUCUCGUCAGAUUCUAGGGUGAAGAUUAUUUCUUGUUGGCCACUUCUUAUAGCUGGUGCUGCUACUCAAAAUGAAGAACAACGGGAACUUUUAACGAAGACCCUAUUAGAAGCUGGUGCCUUAACACAUGGUCGUCAUGUUUACACAGUUUUGGAUGCUCUAGAUAUCGCUUGGGGCAAAAGCCCAGAAUGUGAAGAGAUCAAAACCAGAGGUCUUGAUAUAUUAUUUGAUAGAAGAGUUGUGGGUAAAGUGAUUUUAUAG